AAUUUGAUGGCGGCUCAGUUACAUUCCACGUUGGAGUUGAACCCGUUGGGUUCCACGUUGAGUUCACAUCAGGAGUCGUCCAAUUCGAAGGGGGCUCAGUUACAUUCCAGCUUGGAGUUGAACCUGUUGGAUUCCACGUUGAGUUCACAUCAGGAGUCGUCCAAUUCGAUGGAGGCUCAGUUACAUUCCAGGAUGGAGUCGAACCCGUUGGAUUCCACGUUGAGUUCACAUCAGGAGUCGUCCAAUUCGAAGGAGGCUCAGUUACAUUCCAGGAUGGAGUCGAACCCGUUGGAUUCCACGUUGAGUUCACAUCAGGAGUCGUCCAAUUCGAAGGCGGCUCAGUUACAUUCCAGGAUGGAGUCGAACCCGUUGGAUUCCACGUUGAGUUCACAUCAGGCGUCGUCCAAUUCGAUGGCGGCUCAGUUACAUUCCAGGUUGGAGUCGAACCUGUUGGAUUCCACGUUGAGUUCACAUCAGGAGUCGUCCAAUUCGAAGGAGGCUCAGUAACAUUCCAGGUUGGAGUCGAACCCGUUGGGUUCCAUGUAGAGUUCACAUCAGGCGUCGUCCAAUUCGAUGGCGGCUCAGUUACAUUCCAGGUUGGAGUCGAACCCGUUGGAUUCCACGUUGAGUUCACAUCAGGAGUCGUCCAAUUCGAAGGCGGCUCAGUUACAUUCCAGGUUGGAGUUGAACCUGUUGGAUUCCACGUUGAGUUCACAUCAGGAGUCGUCCAAUUCGAAGGCGGCUCAGUUACAUUCCAGGUUGGAG